UGAUGGUUUCAAUAUGGAGUCAGAGUAGUGAAAAUAAUACUUUCAUUGCAAUGUAAUUUGCAGUUUCCUGGGAAUAUGCGUAAAAAAUAAAGGUGAGAUUUUUGACGUAGAUCUGAUACCAUGGAGGUGGACAUCAGUAAUCUCAAACCUCCAACAGGAGACAAUGCAUCCCUCUCAUCUACUGGUCGAAAACCUAAAAAGAAAAGUGCAUUGGCAAAACUUGCUGAAAAAAAGCGCAGGUCGUCAGAGAGUGGGAGUGAACUAGGGUCAUGUGUGUCACUGCAAUCCAAUCAGACUCAAGAUAUCACCAAGGAGAAACCAGAAUCAGAGGCCAAAGAGGAGAUGGAUGUAAAGCUUGAUAGCACACAGACUUCAGAUGAAACACAGGAAAAUUCUAACAACAACCAGUCAGAGGAUAUGUCUAAUAAUGCAAACUACACAAAACCAGGGUUAGAGCGAGGUAAGAGAGUAACCAACACAUAUGUGAAAAAAAAUCCCAAACCAGCACCAAGACUGAAAAAACCUGAUCCUGAGAAAUGUGAUUGGGACCCCCCUCCCCCUCUUGAUGCAGACGACAAUGGCAGCAAUGGAACUAAAGCACCAUCUGAUGCUACCAUACACAGGUUCCGGGCCCUGAAAAUGGCUAAUGAUCCAAAGGGAUCAUUAGAGUCAUUAAAGAGUCUUCCUUUUCAGCCAAAACCACCUCAGACACCCAAAUCUGAUAGAAAAGUAAAGGUGAAAGGAAAUUCUAAAGGGGAGAAGAGAAACCGAGAGGCUGGUUCCUCUGGGGAGGAGGUAGAGGUCGAAACCAAGACAAAGAAACAGUCCUCCUCUUACAUAAACAUCAAAACAGAAACCGAGAAAUAUGACAGAGAAAAAUCAGAUGAUGAUGUGUUCAUGAAAGAUAACCCUGACAAGACUAUAGGCUCAAAUGCUGAUGUGUUAGAGAUAAACAAAAAGUACAACGAAAUCCUGCAAAGUGACAAUAUUCAAAUGGCCAGUCCAGGGAGUGCCAGUACCUCCAGAGGACUUCUCCCUCCUCUUUCUUCUAAAACUCAUCUCCCUCCACUCGGAGAUAUCACCUCAACCUCACUUAAAAUGACCAUGAAAACUGACCCCUCGUACCCUCAUCAGAAGUUUGAAGAUUCGCGGACAGGAGACAAUAUUUCUCAGAGGUCACUGUCAGCAUCCUGUGCCAUGUUACCGAUCACCAUCAGAGAGGCCAGGGCAAGGACUGGCUCGCGGGGCAAUGUCAGCAUCACCUCUUCUCUUGUGGGGGCCCCGGAACUGGAGAGGUACUUCCCUGACCACCAACUCAGAAUCUGGGUAGGAAUUUGGAACAUGGGGGACAAGAAGGAGUGUAAGGACUCGUUACAGGACUUUAUCCUACCAGUAGAGAGUGAAAUUAUGCAAGAUGUGUACGCUGUUGGAACUCAGGAAAACAAUAUUAUUAAAAAAGAUUGGGAGGUGCUGUUACAAGCCACACUGGGACCUACGCAUGUUCUUUAUCAUUCAGCAUCUCAUGGAUCCCUACAUCUUGCCAUAUUUAUACGCAGGGAUCUCAUCUGGUUUUGUUCAGUACCAGAUGAUGAACAGAUAUCCACUCGAGCUGUUACUAUGGUGAAGACUAAAGGAGCGGUAGCAAUCUCAUUUUAUUUUUUUGGAACUUCAUUUCUUUUUGUCAACUGUCAUCUAACUUCUGAUGAUGGUCGACUGAAGGAUAGAAUAACAGAUUAUCAUAAAAUCAGUUCCAGUCUAAAGAUGCCAAAAUACUCUCAUAAAGAUCAGAAAAGUGUUCAAGGUGAUGCUCUCAGUAAAUAUGACUGUGUGUUUUGGUUUGGGGACCUUAAUUUUCGGAUAGACAAGGGUCGUAAUACUGUAGAGGACCUAGUGACAUCUAUCACGGAGCAGGAACAUCCUAACUUUGAAUUUCUACUGGAGGGGGAUGAACUUAAUGACUGUAUAAAUAAAGACCAAGUUUUCCAUGGAUUUUUAGAGGGAAGAAUAAAUUUUAAACCUACGUAUAAGUUUGAUUUACAUGUAGAUCAAGAUAUUUAUGAUACAUCUAGUAAGCUACGGAUUCCAUCCUACACAGAUAGAAUAUUAUUUAAACCUCGUAAGAAGAAUUCCAUAAGAUGUCUGCAUUAUGAUGCUGUUAUGAACCUGCGAUUAUCAGACCACCGUCCAGUUUAUGGUCUUUAUGAAGCAACAAUCAAACCUGGCAGAGACAAUAUUCCAAUGGCAGCUGGUCACUUUGACAGAGAUGUUUAUUUGGAAGCUAACAAGAAGUGGGACAUAAAUUUAGAACACAAAGACAAAAACCAGAAAAACAGUACAGUGUGUGCCAUACAAUGAGGAAAAUAUUGAAAGGGAGGUAACUCAAAGCUCUAAUCAGUAAGAGUCAAGAGAAGACUCUUCAGUUGUUACCAACAUUGGCAGAAAGGCUGGAUGUCUUGACUGAUAAGACUUAUGGAACCUGCAGAGUGUUUGUUCAGAAGGCAGCUAAUAUUGAUUCCUGUCAGGAUCAAGCUGAAGGAAAUGUGGAACGGGAAAUGUCUGUGUAAAAGAAUUAGGGUUAAUAUCACAAACAAAUCACAAGCUUAAAGUACACUUAUCAAAUUUUGCAAGGCAUCAGUCUGUUAAAUUUUACAUCAGUGUGUAUUAAUAGAGAUUGCUGAGGGUUUAUUUCCUGAGAAGGUCAGGUAAUUAUUAUUAUUUUUUUUUUUUUGGAGACAUGUAAACUGCAUUUUGAUAGAAAUACUACAGAACUUCAUGAGAUUUGAAUGUUUUCUACAAGUAGAAAUGAUUAAGAAUGCAAUUAUUGUUAUAGGCAUUAAAAUUUGUUGAAUUACAGAUACAUUUCCAUGUGAAAUGUACAUGUGUGUGUUUGAUAAUUGCAUAUGAAAAGUGUUCUGCUAUUUAUAUGGAUACCUAAAAGUUAAUGAAAAAUGAAAUAUAAUAUUUUCAGAUUAAUGAUUUUGGUGUUCUUGAUAUCAUUAUUGUGAUUUUAAUUUCUUAAAUGUUUUUAGCCUGUCUUCUGUUAAGAAUGAAGGAUGAUUGCUGUGCAGUGAUUAGUAUAUGCACAUGCAAAAUGAGGCUAUUGCUAAAUUUAUAAAAUUGUUAUGGUAUAUGUACAUUGUACAUAUUCUACCCACAUAGGUAGAUUUCAAUAAAAUUAUCUAGGGCAACAAAAUGAAUUUUAGAACUAGUCAAACAUUUAGUCAUAGACAUCAUCAUUUUUCCUAAGGAUCUGACAUAUGCAUUCACUGUUUUAGAAUUACAACUGUAUCUUACAAUUAUUUGAAAAGAAUUAUACUCUGUAUUGUUAGGGAUGAAUAAAACAUGGUGUUUUAUGAUUUUCAUUUUGUGCUUCCUGUGUAAUGUAAUCGCAGGGAAAACAUUUUGCGUGAAAUUAAGCUACCAUGGAAACAAUCAUGGCUAUGAUUUUUUAUUUUUCAUAUAUAAGAAAAAAAAUUGGCUUGUUUUUUAGCUUACCUGAGCAUAUGGCACAAGUGAGCUUGUUUGAUCAAUUUUUAUCUGAUGUCUGUCUGCUUUGUUGUCAUCUUAAAGUUUUCUUAUUACAUCUUCUUCUCCAGAACCAUUUCAACCAAACUUUGCACAGAGUAUCCUUGGAUAAAGUCGAUCAAAGUUAGUUUAAAGAAAGGACCAUGCAGUCUCUCAGGGGAGAUAAUUAAGAAAAGGCAAAAUAGGGUGGGAAUAUUUAAAAAUCUUGGCAAGAACCACUGGGUCCAGAAGACAAAACUUAGGUGAAAGCUCCCUGAUAUUUCGUUAAAAUCACAGCCCCAUGAGAUAGGGUGGGACCACAAUAGGGGAUUGAAGUUUUACAUUGGAAUAUGUAGGGAAAAAUCUCCUCAAGAACAGCGGGGCCAAGAUUAGACCAAGUGAUAUUAAUAUGCAAUCAUCUUCAGGAAGUACAGGUUCAAGUUUUAUCAUAUCAAACCCCCCAGGGGUAAGGUGGGGCCACAAAAGGGAAUCAAAGUUUUACAUGGAAAUAUGUUGGAAGCUAUAUGAAUUUUUAAAAAACUUCUUAAGAAGAACAGCAUGCCCAUAAUUAAUGAUAUAUAUGUGCUUGAAUCCAUAGGCAAUGCAGAUUCAAAUUUGUUCAAAUCAUGACCCCUAAGGAUUGAAUUUGGCCAUAACAGGGAAUCAGUGUUUUUUAUAGGAGGAUAUCUUUGAAAACCAUCUUCUCAUUAACAACAUGACCAUAUUUAAUCAUAUUUAUAUGAAAGCAUCCCUAAGAAGUGCAUAUUUAAGUUUGUACAAUCAUAGGCUCUGCAGUGUGGGUAGGAUAGGGCCACAAUACAGGAUCAAAGCUAAAAUAUAUUGGAAUAUGUAUUCAAGAAUAUUCUUCUCAGGAAACAGCAUGCAGAGAGCUAUGAUAAGUUAUCAAUAUUUAAACAUUCUCAUGUAGUGCAGUUCAAGUUUGUUUUCAAAUCAUGGCUUUAGGGGAUUGGUUGGGGCCACAAUACUGGAGUGAAAAAAUGUUCAUAAGAAUAUAAAGUGGAAAAAAUGUUUUAAAAUCUGACGAAAUGGUUACUCAGUUGAGCAUUGUGGCUCCUGUGUCUCUUGUGAGAAAUGUUAGAUUUUAUUCUUAUCUACAGAAUUUUAUUUUUAUCUUUAUUAUGCCAUGAAAUUGAAAAAUUUAGCAUGGAAGGUAUAUGAUUUAUGUUUUAUAUUGUUUAGAGAGUGCUAUUUUAAAAGAAUGCUGCAUAGUGCCAAAUAUUUAAGUUUAUUGUAUUAUUUGCUUAUAAGUACAGCAAUUGUAUGUUUUUUGGACUGUAGAAGAAUAGGUUUUAUUUUCCGUCAUUUUAUUUUGUCCGUCCAGAAUCUGUGUAUUUUCAAAGAAAAAAAAACUUAUGUAUCUGACUAUUUAUACAUGUAUUUUGUAAAACAAACUACACUAACCUCUUUUGUUUUUGUUCACGCAUAAAUCUUUUGUGCAUCUAUACAUGUGUUUUGUAAGGAGAUAAUUUUCCAGAUUUUAAACAGAAAUUAUUCAGUUUGAAUCUUUGUGUCACCUUUGUGACAUAGGUAAUACUAGGAACUUUUUUUUAGGUCAUUAUGUUAGAGGAUAAGUCAUGUAGGUAUAGCAUGAUAAAUACAGUGUAUGUAUAUAAUAAUAAUAAUGGAAGACUUCAACACAUUAUGCAUCUAACUGUCUUCAGUGAUUUAGUGAUUUAUGUUCUAUCUGCACCAUGGUGUACUUUCCAACACACAAACAGACUUAAUGGUAAAAGUUAUAAAUGUAGUACAUGUACAUGAUGUAAAAUGAAAGUUAUGAAUAUAAUAUUGCUUUGCAAUACACAGUUAACAACAAAAACUAAAUGGAUUGUACUGGUACAUGUAUUUGUUCUUAAGUUUAUCUUUGAAAUCUAACUUAACUUAUGGUUAUGUUUACAACAUGUCUUUGCAUUCUGUCACCUGACAAUUUUUUUUUUUCAUUUUGUAAUAAAGCCUCUACAUUUUUUCACACAGUAACAAUACUAUUAAUGUACAUGUACUUGCUACAUGUAUCAGUUGUUUUUAUUAAUAUAAUGAAGAGGGUAAUUGGUCAUGUUCUUGUACAUGAUUGUUUCAAACUUAACAAAGCUAAUAAAAUGAA